GCCCUUACCUUCCUCACAAACAAGUGGAAGCUAUAUAUGGGACUAGUGAGAGAAAGUGCACCAACACUUUGACGCAACGUCCGCAUUACCUAGCCAGCUGCUAGCUGCAUGCCUGCACCACACCAUCGCCGCCCAUUGCUCUCGUUUGCCACUCCUCUGCGUUCUGCUGUUGCCGGCUCGGCGCCGCCUGCUGUCGUCGCCGUCAGUACGUGCUGCCCAGUGACAGUGCCAGCAACCAAGACAUGCAGCUCUACAUCGUGGUCACCAGGCUGGCCUGCAUCGCAUUCUCCACUGCCGCGUUUGUGCUCGCCAUGGCCGCACCAGAGAGCCAGCAGUUCUCGUUUGUCGUGGCACUGAAGGGCAGUAUGCUGACGCAGCUGAGUUGGACCUCGAUGCGCAUGCUGUACCAGGCCAUCUGCUGGUACUUUGGAGAAGUCCACCUCGACCGUAUUGCCCCCGUAUUGUUCAACGACAUGCUGGUUAUGCUCCUUGCAUAUGGCGCGAGCUGUGCUGGAGCUGCUUCUGUUCUGUUCCUGUAUCACAAUCUCUACUGUGAUACUCUGGGUUCGAUGGCUUGUCCGAUGUACAUGGCUGCCUCGGUGUUCGGCCUCGUUGCCGCCUUCUUCAACACUGCCACUACGCUUCGGUUGCUUUGGGCAAGGUGUUCUCGCCACCACGAGGACUAGGUUUCACACACUUAGAGUCUCUAUCCACGUAUGCCAGCACCCAGCACUAGUUAGCGUAAAUAAUGACGUGUUGUGCACACAUAUAGUAUCUGUUCU